AUAAUUGUCUUAUAUAUUGUACUAUUAAAUGGACUGACAAUUGAAUGAUUGAAUUGUCUAUAAAAAAAACAAUGCAUUUAUUAUUGUGUGUAUAAUAGUCAUCAUCACUACUACAGUACAUACCUGUCCUCAACAACAACAACAACAGUGAUUCAAUGAUUGCGGUAAACAUUGGGCUCCGGUAUUGAUAGAUAUAACUAAAACGUUGACCAUCACGACGACGACGACCACUACCACCACCACAAUCACCAACAGUGGUGCGGACAUGUCUAGCGAUGUGGACAUCAUCAGCAGCAGCGACGGCGAGUACGAUGAACGCCAUCUCCGACGGCGGGCAUUAUCUUCGGCUGCUGUGGCGGCGACUGCUGAGGACAACGACGAACAAUUGGAUCCACGAAUCAGAGACAAACUCGAAGAACUGAACGAAUGUACGAAUAGGAUCAACAAACUGGAGAAACAAUUUGAGGAGUCCAACAGUUUGUUUCGGCAAACAUUGACCAAUAGGACAAUGCAACUGCAAAUGUUGGCCAAAAAACUAGGCAAUUGUGUGCCCGAAGCGCGACCGUACUACGAGUGUCGGCAACGAGUAGCCGAACUACAGACACGCUGUCAGACAGCUGUCCAGACGUACGAACGAUCUGCCGAAUUGCAUUCGGAGUCCAAAGAGCUGAUUACGAUUGCCGAACACAAGUUUGCCGUCUCAGCUGCUGCGGCCGCCACCGCCAACAGUAGUCGAGCAGCCGAUGGCACCGAUUUUGACCACUUUUGGCAGGAAAUGCUAAAUCACGCAAAUACUAAGUUCAUGGAGGCCAAGACCAUGAAAACGAUGAGCCAAUCGGAACACUCGCAGUCCAUACAGAACUAUUUGGAUGAACAAAAACGUUUGACACGACUGGAGAGACAAUUAAGAAGUGCCAUAAAGAAAGCCAAGCCAUACUAUGAGGAAUCAGCGGCCGUCCAAACGGAGCUCAACUCAAUUAAAGCACAAAUCGAGAGAUUAAAUAAAGUGAUCUUUGAGGCCAAAAAGUCAUACGCAAAGACACUGAAAGACUUGGAAAAGAUAUCGGAAGAGAUUCACGAACGUCGGGCUCAACUGAUGGCCAAAUUGUUAACCAGAGAGCCGGGUGUCGGUGCUGAACGCGAAGACAAUAGCAAUUGUGACGAUGAUUGCGAGAAUCGACUAAAUGUGAAUCAAGAGUCAUAUGAAGACAAUAAAGUGCCAGAUUUAGAUCAAUCCGUCGAACUUAAUGACAUCGAUAUUCAAGUCAUGGCUAGUCAUCAAUCGCCAAAUGGAUCAUCGCUUGCAUUAUCAAAAAUGUCACCCAUUGGCAAAUCAGCCACCUCUUCAUCGGCAUCAUCAUCAUCAUCGGCAUUGUCGUCAUCAUCAUUAUCAUCAUCAUUGAAUGCCAUUGAAGAUAAUUAUUCUGAUCGAACAGCUUCUACUGGAACUGACGUCGGAGUAGUGGACGCUAAUCGCGUGAUGACCAGCAGCACAGCAGCUAUCAUCACCACUACUACUACUACUGCUAUUACUCAGGAAGUCAAUAUCGGAUCAAAAAUUGAUGACCAAACUACAGUUUACAUCACCAACAGUGGUGGCAUUUUUACUCAAGAAGUCGCUGAUACUGUCGACAACGCCAACAAAAAUGGUAAAUCAGCUGACGAUACAAACUCUGCUAAUCAUAUCGUGAAGUCAUUUGUCGGCAUUGAUUUGACGAAUAAUUAAUUUAAUUGUUUGUUUGCUCUUAAAAACUCGUUUUGCAUUUUUUUGUAA